AUGGGCCCGCUCGACCGGAGUGACACCACGGCCUCACAGAAAACCGUCGUGAAACGACGACAGCGUUGUUUCACCGUAGUUUUCAAACGCUUCAGGGAGGUGAAUCCAACAUUAGUACCAAAAAGGAUGACAGAGAAUCAACCACAUACCAUAGUAGUCCCAUUAGAAGAAAUAGAAAAGUUGCCUGAAUUAAAAGAGAAUCCAUUCAAACGUCGAAUAUGCCAAGUGUUCUCACACGAUGGUUCCGGCAACCUAACGUUUGAAGACUUCUUGGACAUGAUGUCGGUCUUCAGUGAAGCUGCACCUAGAGAUGUAAAAGCAUGGUACGCAUUCCGCAUCUACGAUUUAGAUGAUGAUAUGUACAUAGGACGGGACGACCUCCUCGAAGCUACUAGACUCCUCACGAAAGGAGAACUUCAUCCUCAAGAGAGAGAGGAGAUUGUCGCCAGCGUGUUGGAUGAAGCUGAUGUGGAUGGAGACGGGAGGCUAUCCUUCAUGGAUUUUGAACACGUCGUUGUACGCGCCCCAGAUUUCCUCUCCACCUUCCACAUCAGAGUUUAAAUCAAAUAAAAAAAUCCC